AUGGAUGAGGACAGCGCUGUCCGCCACCCACAGCUUCAGGCUGUCCCCACGCACAGCUCAGGCUUGUCCCCACCCACAGCUCAGGCUGUCCCCACCCACAGCUCAGGCUUUCCCCACUCACAGCUCAGGCUGUCCCCACCCACAGCUCAGGCUGUCAAUCACCCACAAGUCAGGCUGUCCCCACCCCACAGCUCAGACUGUCCCACCACAGCUCAGGGCUGUCCCCACCCACAGCCUCAGGCGCGUCCCCACACCCACAAGCUCAGGCUGUCCCCACCCUGUAGCUCAGGCUGUCCCCACUCACAGCUAGGCUGGUCCCCACUCACAGCUCAGGCUGCGUCCCCACCCACAGCUCAUGGCUGUCCACACCCCACACUCAGGCUUGUCCCCACCCACAGCUCAGGCUGUCCCCACCCACAGCUCAGGCUGCUCCGACACCACAGCUCAGGCGUGCCCCACCCACAGCUCAGGCUGUCCCCACCCACAGCUUCAGGCUGUCCAACCCACAGCUCAGGCUUGUCCCCACCCACAGCUCAGGCUGUCCCCACCCCACAGCUCAGGCUGUCCCACCACAGCUCAGGCGUACCACACCCACCAGCCAGGCUGUCCACACCCACAAGCUCAGGCUGUUUCCCCACCCACAGCUCGGCUGUCCACACCCACCAGCUCAGGCUGUCCACACCCACAGCGCUUCAGGCUGUCCCCACCCACCCAGCCAGGCUGUCCCCACCCACAGCUCAGGCUUCCCCCACCUCA